UGAUACAUCAAUUGGGGUUGAUAGCUCCUCUUCCUCCUCCUCCUCUCUCUUUAAAACCGCUACCCCUUUCUUCUUCUUCAUCCACCUCUGCACCUUCUUAUUAAAAAUUAAUUUGAGACGAAGAAGAUCAGACGGGUAUAUGGGUUCCAAAGAUGGAAAUAAAGCAACACUGUACGAGAAACUUGAACACCUUCGCUCUGCCACUAAUUCUACUGCUGUGAAUAGAGCAUCAAUCGUAGUUGAUGCGUCGGGAUACAUCCAAGACUUGAAGCAAAGGGUAGAAAAACUAAAUCAAGAUAUUGCAACUUUGCAAACUUCAACCCAACAAAACACGUUACCUACGCAGGUUAAAGUGGAAACCCUAGAAAAAGGGUUCCUAAUAAACGUGAUUUCGGAGAGAAACUGCCCGGGUUUGCUGGUGUCAAUACUGGAAGCGUUUGAGGAUUUGGGGCUUGAAGUAUUGGACGCUAGGGUUUCUUGCUCUGACACUUUUCGUCUUGAAGCAGUUAGUGAUCAGAAUGAAGGGCAGACGUCUGAUAGCAUAGAUGACCAGGUGGUUAAACAAGCAGUAUUGCAAGCUAUCAGGAUUUGGAGUGAUGAGCAAGAUGAUCAUCAUCAUCAUCACUAGAUAUAUAUAUAUAUAUAUAUAUAUAGCUUUUUAUCAGUAAUUAAUAUGUGCGUCUAAUUAAUACUACUAUUAAUUAAUCCUCAACGUGUUUAUUAGAUGAA